AUGUGCGAAAACCGCUACAUGCUCCAUCAAAACCUCGAUUUUGACCACUUUAUAUUCCAAAUGCAAAUCUCCCUCACCACAAAUAAUCAAAGUACAAACGAACACUCCCACGAAAACUUACGAAAUUUCCUCCAAGCCUUUUCAUUUUCGUAUUUAAAGCUGCCCGUUUUCUCGUCUGAGACUCACCCCAAAAUCCCACCGCCGGUAGAUCUGUACUCCAAUUGCAACAAAACCCUAACCCUAUCUGUUGAAGACAAUUCAAUCAUGGCCACCACGGAAGAGCCAAUCAUCCCGACCACCGAGCCGGAGGCCGAGCCGCCGACUGCUGAGGAGCCUGCCAAGGAAGAAGAUCCUGCGCCCAAACCCAAGAAAGCCGCCCCCGCUAAGAAAAUCCCGGCGCCGAGGAAGCGUAGCGGCGCCACUCACCCUCCUUACUUCGAGAUGGUUAAGGAUGCGAUCGAGACGCUGAAGGAGAGGACGGGAUCGAGCCAAUAUGCCAUCACCAAGUUCAUCGAGGAGAAGCAGAAGAACCUGCCGCCGAACUUCAAGAAACUCCUGCUCAUUCAGCUGAAGAAGUUUGUUGCCGCCGGAAAGCUCAACAAGGUCAAAAACUCUUACAAGCUCCCACCGGCCCGUGCUCCCAGAUCCGCCGCUGCCUCUCCGACGACGAAGAAGAAGCCGGCUGCUGCUGCCGCGAAGUCAAAGGCCAAGCCGAAGCCAAAGGCGUCUGCCGCCGCCGCUAAGGAUAAGAAGGCGGUCGCCUCGAAGUCUAAGGCGAAGCCCAAGGCCGCUGCUGCGAAGCCCAAGCCGGCGUCUAAGGCGAAGCCAGCUGCUAAAGUCAAGCCGGCUGCGAAGUCCAAGGCUGUGUCCCCAGCGAAGCCGAAGGCCGCCCCCAAGCGCAAGGCUCCGGAGAAGUCGAAGGCUGAGAAGAAGCCACCGGCUAAGGCGGCGAGAACGUCGACGAGGUUGACUCCAGGGAAGAAGGCGCCCGCGGCGGCACCGGCGAAGAAAGCUCUGGCUACGAAGGCGAAGACGGCGAAAUCACCUGCGAAGAAGGCUUCGGCGAGGAAGGGGAGGAAGUAGAGAUCAGGGGUAUUUUCGGGAAAGUGAAUGUUUGUUUGUAGGGAUAGUAUUGUAAAUAGCAUGGAUUAUCUUUGGAUGGGGAUGCUAUUAGGGAGGGCAUGAUAGAAUUGCAUUCUUUUUUCGUUUUUCUUUUUUCCUUCUGUUUUCCCCCAGUCCCCCUUCUUACAAAAUUUCCGUAUUUUUCUCUUUUAAUGUUCCAGUUUUUAGGGAUUUGAAUCAAUGCAAGUUCAAAUCAACUCCAGAAAGAAAUUAAUGGGUUUUCUUCAAGUGUUCCAAGUUUUCCGUUUUUGCAAAGUUUUGCCUUAUUUUUAUGUGGAUUCCCAUUUUUGAGCCGAUUAGGGUUUAUGUAUAAAUUGCAGGAUGAUUUUUGUUUUCAUUAAUGGCACAAGUUUGUUGUGCGAAUGAAGUUUGGCAUGGACGAUGAACAUGAAAGAAGGGGAUUCAAAUUUCAUAGGUUGAAAGACUGUUUACAACUCGCGUAUUGGGCAUCUAAUGGGUAAAAUCUUAAUCUUUGCUGGUUUUAGUUCUAGCUACUCUGCAGUUUAAUGGAUAUUUUGACAGGGCAGAAAAGACUACUGAUUAACACAUGAAUUUCAUGGAUAGUAUGAAUGUGUGUUGGAAUUUAUCAGUUUUAUUGUGCUCUAAUGGAGGCUAAAGAAUUUUUAGGGGGUGGGUAAUAAUAAGACUUUGAGUUUCUUCAUAUUGAAUCUUAAGUUUAGAUUUCUCACUCUGAACUUGAUCUCGGAACUUAUGAAAAAUGUGUCGUUUCUCCAUAAGAGGCACGAUCGACACACUUCCUUCAUAUUCCAUGUACAAACUUGUAACUCUAGGGUUGUUAGUUAAUGCUAUAAAAGCUUGAUUACUCUUUUAAUGAUUGUGUGGUGCAUGAGUCUUAAUUAUAGUCUACAUUAGAUUUUUCUCAAUCAGACUUGUACGACAACAUUAUUGAUCUCGGAACAUUGGAAAAACAUGUCGUUCGCCCAUUAAAACAUUUACUCUAGUGUUGCUAGUUAAUAGUAAGCUAUAAAAUUCUGAUUAUUCUUAAUGAUAGUAAGAUGCAUCUCAUGUCAGGUGAAGUAGAAAGCGCGGCCCUUUAACACUGCUUGAAAUAGUAUCAACUUCUCUAGAUUCUGUAGGUAUGAAGUUUACCUAUUAUCUUUUUUCCUAUACCCUUUUGCUAACGAUCUUCGAGUCAUUUUGUGGCUAUGAGGGAGAUGACUUGGCUCGUAGGUUAGUUUGGCUAAUGUCAAGCUUGGCUUUGGGCCUAUCGAAAUCAAGCUGUGCACCUCUCGUUCGUCAAAAGUUUUCUUAAAGCCUUCACACAAACUCUUGCAUAUCACAAUAACCCACCUAACACGAUCGUCCAAAAAUUCAUAUUCAACAAAACUACACAAAACUAAGUAGUCAAGUUAGCACAUCAACAAAUUACAGAUUUCAACAAAUAACAACUCAUAGCAAUAUAUUUCUCAUUUGAUAGGAUUUAAAACUAUACUAAAUUUGUCUCAAAUACAAAUUCAAGCUUCAAGGUUAGAUCUCCCGUGCAAUAGCCGCAUCUCUUCCCUUGCCUCAUCGACAAUAGUUAUCAACUUAUGAGAUUGUUGUCUUUUUUUCUCUACAACCAACAAGUGUAGCUGAGCAUGGAAACUAGAAAUGUUGAUCCGAUUAUUCACAAAGCAAUCCAAAUCUUUGUCAUAGCUAAAAUAUCUAUUUUGGUGGCCACGUCCCACUUCAUCUUCAUAAUCCAACACAAACCUUGGGUAAACUGAGAAAAAUAACAGGAGGAUGUCUAAGAUGCCAUGAGCCAUCUUUUGCUUGGUACAAUUUGGGUUAAUUGAAUCAUAAAAUCUUCUCAAUCCAACACAAACCUUUUGUAAACUGAGUGAAAAAUAUAACAGGUUGCCUAAGAUGGCACGGGUCAUCUUUUGCUUGGUACAAUUUGGGUUAAGUGAAUCGUAGCUGAAUUGCGCAAAGCAGUGUAGCUACUGAACAUUUAACUUUUUGGCU